CAUCUGAAUGUCGGUCAGCAGUGAACUGACACUGAUUCAGUCAAGAGAGAUGGUCGUUCGGAAAACAUGCACCCAUUCGGUGUGAGAGACAACCCAGCGGUUCACGGAGAGCCGCUGCCUCUCCAGGGUCCCGUCUGAUCAGGGCACGGCCCAACUAGACCGAAGCAACGCCGUCGUCCCCGCCGUAAUCUUCUUCUGCGCUCUCUCGCUCGCCGCCUGACCCAGGUAUGCGUGUCCGAAAUCGACUCGGUCUCCAACUCCCCUGCGAUUCGAACUCCGAAGCGGUUGUUGACUUUGUACCCCCAAGAAGUUGCUUAUUACCGUCAAUGGUGAUCGCAGGUGGUCGCCCGGUGUACCGACGAUGUCUUCGGCUUCCAACGACGAGAUCGCCGCCCCAUGGGCCGACCUCCUGCCGGAAUUGUGCGACCACGUCCUGGACCGCCUCGACGCCGCCAGCGUGAUCCGCUUCCCGGCCGCCUGCACAGCCUGGGCCGCCGCUUCCAGGAUGACUCCUCGCAUGCGGUCAGGCACGCCCACGCUGCUCACGUCUGGCCUGGACCCCGACGGCGACGACAUUGAGUACGACGUGGCGGCGGGCACCUUCGGGCUCCACGACGUCGCCGGCGGCAAGUCCUUCUACGGCGAGUCCCAGCGGUUGAAGAACCGGACCUGGAUCGGCGGGAAGGACGAUUGGCUGGUGACCACGGACUUUAGGUGCGGAGUCGAGCUCCUCAACCCCAUCACCGGCGACCGCGUCCCCUUGCCGCCCUUCACCACAAUCCGGGGACUCGAAGUGGCGGACCACUACGACCUCCACGUCGCUGUCAAAAAUCGGCUCCACCUUUUGCAGCAGGUCAAACUGUGCCGGACGCCGGCGCGCCUGAACGGCUACCUGGCCGUCGCCCUCUUCUCCAGUGGCCCCUUGGGCUUGCUCGCGUUCACGGCGCACGGCGACGAGGGCUGGACGCCAUUGAUGAACCCCGCGGGAACGCACUAUCUCAAGUACACGGACGCCAUCGUCCACAACGGGAAGGUGGUCGCUGUGGCCGAAUCUGGGGACAUCUACACCUGGGACAUGGACGGCGCAAGUGCGGAGCCCACACUGCUGCCGGGACCGGAGAUCCACCACGGCAGCCACGGCCUCAGGCGCGGGUUCUACCUCGCCGCGUCGAGCGCCGGCCAGCUUCAGGUGGUCUGCAUGUACGGCCACGGCGACGCCGUCAAGGACAAGCGCAGGAGGAGGAUCGUGUUCAAGGACCAGUGGAGCUUCUUCGCGAGCCACGUCUCGCUGCACGAGCUCGACGCGGCCACCAGCGCGUGGGCGUGGCGCCGCGUCAGGGACCUCGGCGGCGACCGCGCUCUCUUCGUGGGUGGAAACUAUCCGUUCUACGCCACCGUGCCUCCAGGCGGUUCCAACGAUCUCCAGGCUGAUUGCGUCUACGUCGCGGAUUUGCUCGGCUGUGACGCCGCCGGCUUCGAUCUGAAGCUGGGAGAUGACUACAUCUACGACUUUGAGCGCCGGCUCAAUUAUCCGGCCAUGGGCGACUCCUUGCAAAUGCCAAUGUGGUUCCAGCCAAUUGCGUACCCUAUUGCAUAAUUGCCGUAGAAGAGCGGCAAAACAGUAUAAAUUUCGUAAUAGAUAUUCGGAUUGAGCGCGACCAAGAAAACAUUUGAAUCUUGGCGAUGCAUGACAUAACCAAUUCACAUGGAUGGAUAAAUUCAUCCUGAAAAGUUUUUUUGCAUUUAAUUUUAUCUCAUCGUGAUAUGUGUAACUCUAUAAGUUGGAAUGGGCACGAAUUGAUAUGUAAUUUUUGUCUCAUCUUGGCUAUGUAUGACUAUUGUAUUUAAGAAUCGAUAAGAAUGUAUUCGGGGACUAUGACAAAAGCAUUUAUGUAAUAUUUAUCUUCACUUGUAAUUGGAAGUGUCUGUUGUAGAUCAGAAUGAGAACUGUACGCAUACCUUGUAUACAAACUUGCAAUUCCAAAUUCAUGUAUGAAACUAUUCUCAUUCUGUAUGUUUCACUAUUACAUUCUGAUUCGACAUUGGGGGAAAAGUAGCAAUGGAAACAAAAUGUAUGAUACAAUCACAAAUAUUCAUGGAAGUUCAAUCUCCUAUUGAUAUAUUUCUCCACCCGAAAAAAAAAA